CGGUAAGCUGCGGCUUUAAGAGCGUUGUAAGCGCGUUCACCUGGGGACUUUACAUUCAGCGUCUCUUAGAAGGGGUUAGGAAACUGACCAUACCUUGUUGUAAGCAGCAGCCUGGAGAUGUAAUGGAUUCGUUGGAAGGAGCAUCAACGACGACGGGGGCUUAAAUCCACCGGGAAGCCACAUGAUGUCUGAGGUUUAUUGUGCAGUAAGAAGCUUCUCCGUGACCCUACUUGCCCUGCAGCGAACACUGAAGUUUCAGUUCAAAGGCUGGCCUUGCUGACCGAUCCUUCCGAAUUCCUUAAAACCUGACUCCACUGUGCCUGGCAGCGAAUCUCCAAGCGAUGAGGAGGCAAAAUUCAUGACUUCCACGAGGGAACAUCCGUUCGGCUGCCGUUUUUGGAUGUCAGCGCUCAGCCGCGUGGCUCCGUCACUGAGGAGAACCGAGUGACCCGGCGAAAAGAAGCGUGCGGAGGACCACAAAUAUGGAGAAGGAACCCAGCACUGAAGUGGGAGCAGGAAGCAAAAAGCAGACCAGACCAGGCAGCUUUGAACUGGAGAGCUCUGUUCAUUCUUGAGCCAGAUCUUGUUUCCUCCCAAGAUCCAUCUUUCUCCUGCGUGACUUCAAAAGAAACACGAGACAAUGAGAGGAGAACCUGUUUACCGGGAGAACCUUGGCUAAAGCUUUUGCACUAGAAGGGGUGACUUGGAAGAGAGAAGUUCUCAUACCCGUCAGAUGACUCUUCGUGGUUUGCAGCCAUGAAGAGAAAGGAUAGAAUGACAACACAUCCCUGGAAACAUUAGCCCAAAGCAGGGCUGUGCAGUAAGACAAACCACCCCAUUCUCCCCUUUCCAGCAGAUAAGGGAUUUCCCUGUCUCUGUGCGGCCCUUCCAAAUGGCAGGCCAUCGAUGGGCUGUGACAUCAGCACUGUGCGCAUGCGUGGCAGCUGUCUCUCUCCUGUACGUGGGCGAGGUGCGAGCAGACUGCUGGCUGAUUGAGGGAGAAAAGGGCUUCGUGUGGCUGGCGAUCUGUAGCCAGAACCAACCACCGUACGAGUCCAUCCCUCAACAGAUCAACAGCACGAUUCUGGACUUGCGGCUGAACGACAACAAGAUCAAGAGCGUGCAGUUCUCCUCCCUCAGUCGCUUCAGUAACCUCACAUACCUCAAUCUGACCAAGAAUGAGAUCUCCUAUAUCGAGGAUGGUGCCUUCUCGGGACAGUAUAAUCUGCAGGUGCUGCAGCUCGGCUACAAUCGCCUGAGGAACCUGACGGAGGGAAUCCUCCGGGGCCUGGGGAAGCUCGAGUACCUUUACCUCCAGGCUAACCUCAUUGAGACAGUUACCCCCAAUGCCUUCGGGGAGUGCCCCAACAUCAUGAACAUUGACUUGUCGGUGAACAGGAUCCAGAGGCUAGACAGCAACACUUUCAGGGGCCUGAACAAACUCUCAGUCUGUGAACUCUACAGCAACCCCUUCUACUGCUCUUGUGAGCUCCUGGGCUUCCUUCAGUGGCUUGAGGGCUUCACCAACAUGACACGCACCUACGACCGCAUGCAGUGUGACUCCCCGCCAGACUACUCGGGCUACUACCUUUUAGGCCAAGGGCGAAGCGGUUACCGAAAUGCCCUGGGCAUGCUCUCUUCCCUCUGCACGGGCGGCCCGUACACCAUGCCUCCUCAUUUCAUCCCACCGAAGUACCCAGUGACGACAGCUCCACCGGAGAGCCCAUGUUCUGAGGAAGAGUGCUUCUCUGGCGAUGGCACCACUCCGCAGGCCUCGCUGCACACCCCUGUGAUUGAUCCAGGCUUGUACCCCACCAUGAAGGUGAAGCACGUAACCCACAACUCAGCUACACUGAGCGUGCAGAUCCCAGUGCCCUACAGCAAAAUGUACACCUUGGCACAAUUCGAGAAUGGCCGAUACAACAUCCUCGCCAAGUUGUUGAAGAAGAAAGAAGACAUCGAGCUGACAAACCUGGUGGCGAAUGAAGACUACACUUACUGCGUGAUGUCUUCCAACCGAGUUUCGAGAUAUAACUACACUUGCCUCACCAUCAACCUCAACAAACAAAACAGGGAGGAGCCGAUACCCACCUCUUCCACGGCCACCCACUACAUCAUGACGAUCCUGGGCUGCCUAUUCGGCAUGGUUAUUGUCCUAGGGGUGGUGUACUAUUGCCUUCGGAAGAAGCGUCAGCAGGAGGAAAAGCACAAGAAGGCUGCGAUUAACAUGAAGAAGACCAUCAUCGAGCUGAAAUAUGGGCCAGAGAUGGAGACAGCCAGCAUCUCUCAACUGUCGCAAGGCCAGAUGCUGGGUGGUGAAACCAUGACCCGCAUCCCUUACCUUCCUUCCGUGGGAGAGGUUGAGCAGUACAAACUGAUUGACAGCAGCGAGACCCCCAAGACCACCAAGGGUAACUACAUGGAAGUACGCACAGGGGAGCAGCCCGAACGGAGGGAAUGUGAACUGCCAAUGGUACCUGACAGCCAGAGCUCAGUGGCAGAGAUCUCCACUAUCACUAAGGAGGUAGAUAAGGUGAACCAAAUCAUCAACAACUGCAUUGAUGCCUUGAAAUCAGAGUCCACCUCCUUCCAGGGGGUAAAAUCAGGAGCAGUGUCCACAGCUGAGCCUCAACUGGUGCUUUUAUCAGAACAGAUCCCCAGCAAGCAUGGUUUCCUGGCCCCAGUCUACAAGGAGAGCUACAACCACCCCUUACAGAGGCACCAUAGCAUGGAGGCCCCCCCAAAGCGUUCCAGCACUUCUUCCAGCGGCUCCAUACGAAGCCCCCGAUCCUUCCGCUCAGAGGGCUCCGGCCACAAAUCAGAAGCCAAAUAUAUUGAGAAGACAUCUCCGACCGCAGACACCAUUCUCACUGUGACGCCGGCUGCUGCUAUCCUGCGGGCUGAGGCUGAGAAGAUACGACAAUAUAGCGAGCACCGGCACUCCUACCCAGGGUCCCAUCAAGGGGAGCAGCACGACAGCAUGGCGGGGCGCAAGCCCUCCAUCUUGGAGCCACUGACUCGGCCCCGCCCCAGAGACUUGGCCUACUCACAACUUUCGCCUCAGUACCACAACCUGAGCUACACCUCCAGCCCUGAGUACACAUGCAAGCCAUCCCACAGCAUCUGGGAGCGCUUCAAACUGAACCGCAAGAGGCACAAAGACGAGGAGGAGUACAUGGCCGCUGGUCAUGCCCUGCGGAAAAAGGUCCAGUUUGCCAAAGACGAGGAUCUUCAUGACAUCUUAGACUACUGGAAAGGGGUGUCUGCCCAGCACAAGUCCUGAGUCCUCAACCAACUCGUGACUUAACACUGGACCAAAAGAUAAAAAAGAAAAAUCAGCAGCAGCUAUUUUUAUCCCAGACUUGUCUUUAAAAAAGAAAAGCAAACAAAUAAAUAAAUAACUUAUGAGAAUCUAUAAUACUCUAUAUAAUGUAUAAGAAAGAAUGAGAAUGAGACAAAGAGAGGUAUUCAAAGUAUAUCUAUCAUCUCACUCUUGUGAGAUGAAUACCAAAUUUGAUAAAAGGGGGGAGGGGAAGACACUGACAAAUAAACUACAGAGUGAAAAAAGUUUUUUCUUUUUUUAAAAAAAAUACAGAAAAUUAAAUUUAAAAACAGAGAGAGAGAGAAUGAAAGAGAGCCAGGCAAAGGAAAAAAAAUAGCCCAAGGAGUUUGGAGUAAAUCAACAACUGCAUCGCAUGACUCCUUAAUUCUGUGAUUUUUGUGGACUAUUGUGUACAGUUUUGUCUUCUUCUUCCGUAACCAAAAAAAAAAAAAAAAGUGAAAUGACAAAAUGGUAAAUCAGAGGGGUGGGGGGGAAAGAUAACAGAAGGAUUAAAGAAAAACAAACAGACAAAACGGUAAUAUUUUGGGCCUUUUGCAAAUGGAGUCUUCCAGUUUAGACUAUGAACCGCCUGAAGUCCCAUUUGUGCGUUCAUUUGAUGCGGGGUUCAACCACAAUGUUUGCAUUGUAAAAUUGUUGUCCUGUUGUACAGAGAGAACAAAAAAUAAUAAUCUAUAUUUGCAAAUGUUUGCUGUAUACCGAGAGAGAGAGAGAAAAGAGAGAGAAAAAUAUUACGUCUACUAAAAGAAAUAUAUCUAUAUAUUCACCUGUUUGUACCAGGUUUUAAUCAUGGAUUUUAGAAAAAAAAAAAAAAAAAACAAGAACCCAA